AUCUCGGCGAUGUUAUGCUAUGCUGAUGCCAAGGAAAUGGCGCGGCUUUGUGGCUGUAAACAAAUUUAUUGAAACCGCGCAGCUGUUUCACUUUGCUAGGGAUUUUCAACAACACACACUAAAAAUGGCAUCAGCCGCAAAGAAACCUAAGCUGUCUCAGCCUUCAAUAUCCAGUUCAGAAUCAAAGACCUCAAUUGAUGAUUUUAUGAAAAGUCUGCAAGCCAAACGCGAUGAGACCGCGAAGUCGAUUUUGGAGUAUAAGUUCAACAAAAAGCGCCUUAGGAUUAUAUCUCAGGAGCAGAUGGUGCCCGAUGACUGCGAAGGCAUCGUGUACUGGAUGUCCAGAGACAGUAGGGUGCAGGACAACUGGGCUUUUCUGUUUGCACAAAAGCUUGCACUGAAGAACGAAGUACCGCUCCACGUGUGUUUUUGUUUGAUUGCGAAGUAUUUAGACGCGUCUGUGAGGCAGUUUGACUUUCUAAUCAAAGGCCUUAAAACUGUAGCAGAGCAGUGCAAGGAGCUUGACAUAUCCUUUCACCUCCUAGAAGGAGACGGGGGGGAUGUUUUACCACAAUGGGUGAUAGACCACAAGAUUGGGGCCGUGGUGUGUGACUUCAACCCCCUGCGAACGCCCUUGGGGUGGCUAGAGAAAGCUAAAAAAGGGUUGAAGAAAGAUGUGCCUUUGAUUCAGGUAUUUCACCUUUCUCGAUGACCAUGCUGGGUGGCCUCGGACAAGCAAGAGUACUCGGCGCGCACCAUUCGCAACAAGAUCAACUCUAAACUGGACGAGUACUUGACCCAGUUCCCGCCGGUCAUCAAGCACCCUUAUAAAAGCAAGUUUAAGCCUGAGCCAAUAGACUGGGAGCAAGCCAUCGAGUCCCGCGAAGCUGACAAAUCCGUAGGCCCUGUAGACUGGGCCACGCCAGGGUAUCACGCCGCGGUCAAAAUGUUGAGGAGCUUCCUUGAUAAGCGGCUUCCUAUAUUCGCGACGAAGCGGAAUGACCCCACUCUGGAUGCGCUUAGUAACCUGUCACCUUGGUUCCAUUUUGGUCAAAUAUCCGUCCAAAGAGUGGCCCUCUGCGUCCAAGAAUACAAAAAGAAGUACACUGAGAGUGUAAACGCGUUCCUAGAAGAGGCUAUAGUGCGGCGCGAACUCGCUGACAACUUCUGCUUCUAUAACGAACAUUAUGACAGUGUGAAGGGGGCACACAGCUGGGCGGCGAAGACUUUGGACGAUCACAGAAAAGACAAAAGAUCUCACAUCUACACUCUCGAAGAGCUAUCUCAAGCCAAAACACACGACGACCUCUGGAACUCGGCGCAAAUACAACUCAACAAGGAAGGCAAAAUGCACGGGUUCCUUCGGAUGUACUGGGCCAAGAAGAUUCUAGAAUGGACCCCGAGUCCAGAAGAUGCACUGAAGUAUGCUAUAUACUUGAAUGACCAUUAUAGCAUUGAUGGGAGAGAUCCGAGCGGUUAUGUCGGCUGCAUGUGGUCCAUUUGCGGUACACACGACCAGGGCUGGGCGGAGCGCGCCGUGUUCGGCAAGAUUCGCUACAUGAACUAUGACGGAUGCAAGCGGAAAUUCACUGUGCCCGCCUUCGUAGCAAGAUAUGGUGGAAAAGUUCAUAAAUACGUGCCCAAGAAAUAAGCAGGCUUAUAUAAUAAAACUACCGUGAGACACUGACAUAUUAAACAUGUAAAAUCGGCGCGUGCUCAAUGAAAAUGCUCCUCGUUACGGAGCGAAACAUGUCGAGCGACCUUUGACAAUUUUAUGUGAGUUACCCGAUUUUACAUGUUUAAUAAGCAGGCAUAUAAAAGACAGUUCGAGUCUCAUGGGAGUUUUAUAGUUAAAAGCUGGUUGUUUCUAGGAUUGUUAGCAAAACGCUAACAAGACAUCUAGUUUUUUUGUAAAAAGUUGUCAUGGAUGUCGUUUUUUUUAUAGGUUUUCGAGGUGAGUGAUUUCUUAUUGAAAAAAAACUCGAAAAUUGUUUGAUCCUGUUCACUCAAUUCCUAAAAUCGAAGUACUUGUGUCUAAGAAUUAAAUCAAACACAGUAAGAUUACAUGAACUAUGAUGAUUGCAAGCUUAAAUUCACUGUGCCCGCCUUUGUAGCAAGAUAUGGCGGAAAAGUGCAAAAAUACGUUCCUAAGGAGUAGGCAGAAUGUUCCUAGGAUUGCUGUCAAAGACUAAAAUGAAAAGAUGUUUUUUGUAUAAGUUUUCAUGGGUGUCGUUUGUAGGUUUUCGAGAAGAUUUUUUAAUGUGACUGUUUAGUGAUUAUAAAUAAUAUAAAUAUAGAUGUAAGUCUAGCGUGGUAAGGUAAAAUAGUAGGUAUUUAUUAAUAAACUUGUAUGCUUUUUUAACAGCACAAUAUAUGAAACAAGACUAAUAAACUCGAGUGACUAUGAAAGUAGGUACACCUGAGUUUCAUUAUCCCUUUCUAUAUAAGUUUUUUUAUCAAUUUAACUCUUUACUAUACUAAAAAUAGGUGAAGUUGAAUCGAAUCAACCAGUUUUUGUGUUAUUUGUUAAGUUUUUAUUUGUUGCAUAAUAUUUUUCUAUGUACGCUUAAAGUCGUGUCACUUAAUUUCAGCUAGAUUUCUUUGUAUUAUUUUAAUUAAAAACCCAAGUUUUAAUUAUUCAAAAGUACAAACUAACGUACCUGAGUUACUACCUCGAAUGCUCCGAUCAAUAAAUAAAGUUGUUUUACA